AAGAGAGAUGUCUUAAAGAAGCUUCCGUAUUUAACCCUGUUUACCGCUUUCCAAUCUAAGAGAAGGGGUUCGUGAAUAGAAGACGAAAUUAUGGAGAAGUUGUUGAAAUUCAUGGGUUUCAUCGGGGAUCUUAAGCAAGUGCGAAGAACUGGCUGGGUGUUGCGGAAGGUGAAGGAGCCUGAAUCUGUUGCGGAUCACAUGUACAGAAUGGCGAUCCUCUCCUUUCUAGUGGAACCGUCGUCAGGUCUCAAUAAAGACAGGUGUAUAAAAAUCAGCCUAGUCCAUGAUCUUGCAGAGUGUAUUGUUGGCAAUCUAACACCGCAAGAUGAUAUUCUAAAAUCUGAAAAACGGAAGCAAGAAAUGGAAGCCAUGAAGCAUAUAUGCAGUUUGGUUCCAGAGGAAGUAGGAAAUGAACUCUAUGAAUUAUGGGAGGACUAUGAAUUUCAGAGAAGUGCUGAGGCCAUGUUUGUAAAGGACUUGGACAAGUUUGAGAUGAUUCUUCAGGCCCAUGAGUAUGAGAAACUUAGCAAUAGUCCAGGAAAAUUGCAGGAAUUCUUUGAUAGUACAAAAGUUAUCUGGUGGGGCACAGUUUUUAUUGGUGGAAGAGAGAAUCCAGAUACAAUGUACCUGGGAAGAGACCACCAACUUUCCGAAAGUAAACUGGAAAACUUUCUCACUUACCAGUGUGAGCGGGAUUUGAACCCGCGCCGACAGAGGUGAGAGGCCGUGUGAUUUUGAGCACGAUGCUCUAACCACUCAGC